UGUUGUUUUGUUUUUUAGUUUUAGUUUCUGUUAUUCUGUUCAUAUUCUGUUCAUUCUUUCCUUCUUUGCAAGUCCGGUAAGCUGUAUCAAGGUAGUGUCCUGAUUUUUUCAUUUUUUAAUAGGAGUCCAAGUAAGUGAUUUGAAAUGCCUAAAAAAAGUGCAGUUUGGCUUCAUUUUGACAAAUCAGCCGAUGGAAAGUCUGCAAAGUGCAAGCAUUGUGGAAAACUUAUUAAAUCAAGUGGUAACACUUCCAACUUGAGAGGCCACGUGGAGAGCAUGCAUAAAAAAUAUGUUAUAGAGACGAGCAAACCAGGGAGUGAGGAACCUCAGCCUAGUGAGCCAAGUAAAAAGCAAAAAUUAGAUAAUAAUUUUUCUGUAUCCAGUCAAGCUGAUGCUGGACACGCCGGUCCAAGUACAAGCACACAAAUGGAAUUUGUAAAUCCAAGCUCUGCUAUUCAAAUAAUGCGACAACCGUCGAUAGUCAACACAAUUAGACGAAUUGAGUCAUAUAAAGAUGGAGGCAGGCAAAACGAAAAAAUAACACAAUCCAUUCUUUACAUGAUUUGUAAAGACAUGGUGCCAUUCAGAGUAGUUGAGAGGGUUGGUUUUAAAAAACUGAUGAAGGAUGCGUUACCUCACUAUGUGUUACCAAGUCGAUUUACCCUCAAAAGGCAAGUCAAAAGCAAAUAUGAUGUAGUUUCUUCAUCAAUGCGAACAUGGCUAUCAAACAAAAAGGUAACAUUAACCACAGAUGUGUGGACGGACCUACAGAUGAGAAGCUUCUCCAGCCUAACAGUUCACUUCGUAGAUGAAGAAAAUCAAUUAUUUUCAGGGACAGUGGGUAUGAUACCGUUAGAAGAUCGACAUACUUCUGAGUACCUAUGUGAGCAACUAAGGUCUCUAUGUAGUGAGUGGGAAAUUCAGGAACAGAAUAUUGUUGCCAUUGUAACAGAUAAUGGGCCUAAUAUAGUGAAGGCUAUCAAUCUUUUUGUAGGGUCCAAAAGACAUCUUCCGUGCUAUGCACAUACACUUAAUUUAGUCUGCCAGAAUUCUCUGCAAAAUUGUCCAGAACUUGUUGAGCUUCUGGAUAAAGUGAAAAAAAUUGUUAGUUGGUUCAAGCAAAGUGUAGUAGCAAGUGACGAACUAAGAAGUGCUUCACCAAAUAAAAAGGUCAUCCAAUCUGUCCCAACUAGAUGGAACUCAACAUUUAAUAUGAUCGAAAGAUUUUUAGAGUUGCGACCAAUCAUAAAUGAGAUAAUUAAUAGGCAUUCUUCUGCACCAAUUAUGGUAACAGCAGCUGAGGUCGAAAUAUUAUCAGAAAUGUGUAACAUCCUCGAGCCAUUAUAUACAGCAACUAAUGAAAUAAGUGGAGAAACUUACCUGACAAGCAGUUUGUGCAUUCCAAUAACUAGCAUUACAAGAAAAAGACUAGAAGCUGUAACUGUAGACAAGAAAUUGACUCAAAAAUUAAAAGGUGAAGUUCUAAAAGAAUUUGACAGAAGAUUUGGUUCAAUUGAGCAGUUCACUUUAUUGGGUUUAGCUACGUUAUUGGACCCACGAUUUAAGAAGAUGUAUUUUAAAAAUGCACUUGCAUGUAGCAAGUAUAUAAACAUGGUUAACGCACGAUUAAGAUCGCUGGAAAAUGAAUCUGAUGAACCAACCAUUAGUGAUACUAAUGAAACCGACAGCACUGUGGAAAGAUCGAGAAGUAUAUUUAGCGACCACAAUAAACAAAUCCAAGCAAAGUGGAAAGAAACCAAUAAGGAAGGCACCCUCCAAAGAGAUUUACAUCCCGAAUUGUCCUUAUAUCUGUCAGCUCCAGCAGCCAAAAUAGAGGAAAAUCCCAUAACAAUAUGGGUAGAUAUGAAAGGAACCUAUCCCAAGUUAUCAGGCGUUGUUGCUGAAUUUGUUCCUUUAGUUGGUACAUCUGUUCCAUCUGAAAGAUUAUUUUCAAAAGCAGGGCAAAUUAUAACAAAAACAAGAAAUCGUUUAGAGGGUAAAUUGGCUUCAAAUCUCCUGUUUUUAAAUUCACUUCCAGAGAAAAUGUGGUAGUAUAUAAUUUUUAUAUACUUUUAAAUUUUGUAUAUUUUCAUAAAUAAAAUAAUAAAAAACAACAAGGUUCU